UCGGGCACCAUGGCAGCUCGGCGGCGGGGGACCGGCGGCGGCCGAGCGCGAGGUUUGGAGUGCAUCGUGGGAGGCAGAAUGCUGGGGGACGGGAAGCCGGAAAAGGAACGGUGCCCUCUGCUAUAGGGGCGUCUACUUCCAUCGCCGCCUGAAGCAGCACUUGUCUUGAUACAGAACUUUGUCAGAGAUUUUUGGAUUACAAAAUUGUCACGGAAAGAAGCUGAAAGAGUUAAUAAUGGGAAAACAGCUACAGAAGACCCUCCUCCUGCCAAGAAAAUUCGAAAAUGCCAGAGGAUGAAAAAGGAGCCUGUGGCUGGAGGAAAGGCUGAUAAUGACAGGACAGAAGACAAGCAAGAGUCUGUGAAGACCUUGCUGUUAAAGGGCAAAGCACCAGUGGACCCAGAGUGCACAGCCAAGGUGGGGAAGGCCCAUGUAUACUGUGAAGGGAAUGAUGUCUAUGAUGUCAUGCUAAAUCAGACCAACCUCCAGUUCAACAACAAUAAGUAUUAUCUGAUCCAGCUGUUAGAAGAUGAUGCCCAGAGGAACUUCAGUGUUUGGAUGAGAUGGGGCCGAGUUGGGAAAAUGGGGCAGCACAGCUUGGUGGCUUGCUCUGGGGACCUCAACAAGGCCAAGGAAAUCUUUCAAAAGAAAUUCCUUGACAAAACAAAAAAUAAUUGGGAGGAUCGUGAGACGUUUGAGAAGGUGCCUGGAAAAUAUGAUAUGCUGCAAAUGGACUAUACCACCAGUACUCAGAGUGAAGAGGAAACAAAGAAAGAGGAAUUUCUUAAAUCCCCCUUGAAAUCAGAGUCACCACUAGACCUUCGUGUACAGGAGCUGAUAAAGUUGAUCUGUAAUGUCCAGGCCAUGGAAGAGAUGAUGGUAGAAAUGAAAUAUGAUACCAAGAAAGCCCCACUUGGGAAGCUGACAGUGGCACAAAUCAAGGCAGGUUACCAGUCUCUUAAGAAGAUAGAGGAUUGUAUUCGGGCUGGCCAGCAUGGACGAGCGCUCGUGGAAGCAUGCAAUGAAUUCUACACCAGAAUCCCACAUGACUUUGGACUCCGUACCCCUCCAUUAAUCCGGACAGAGAAAGAACUGUCAGACAGAGUACAACUGCUAGAGGCUUUGGGAGACAUUGAAAUUGCCAUUAAGCUGGUAAAGACAGAACUGCAGAGCCCAGAACACCCACUGGACCAACACUACAGAAAACUACAUUGUGCUUUGCGCCCUUUAGACCAUGAGAGUUAUGAGUUCAAAGUGGUUUCCCAGUACCUACAGUCUACCCACGCUCCCACACACAGCGACUAUACCAUGACCUUGCUGGAUGUUUUUGAAGUAGAGAAGGAGGGUGAGAAAGAAGCCUUCAGAGAGGACCUUCAUAACAGGAUGCUGCUGUGGCAUGGUUCCAGGCUGAGUAACUGGGUGGGAAUCCUGAGCCUUGGGCUUCGAAUUGCCCCGCCUGAGGCUCCCAUCACAGGUUACAUGUUUGGAAAAGGAAUCUACUUUGCUGACAUGUCUUCCAAGAGUGCCAAUUACUGCUUUGCCACUCGCCUAAAGGAUACUGGACUACUGCUCUUAUCAGAGGUAGCCCUAGGUCAGUGUAAUGAGCUACUAGGGGCCAAUCCAGAGGCAGAAGGAUUACUUCAGGGCAAACACAGCACCAAGGGGCUGGGCAAGAUGGCUCCCAGUCCUACGUGCGCCAUCACCUUGAAUGGGAGUACAGUGCCCUUAGGACCAGCAAGUGACACAGGAGUUCUGAAUCCAGAGGGUUAUACCCUCAACUACAACGAAUUUAUUGUCUAUAACCCCAACCAGGUCCGUAUGCGAUACCUUCUAAAGGUUCGAUUUAAUUUCCUGCAGCUGUGGUGAAUGUUGAUAUUAAAUAAACCAGAGAAAAUAUGAUCUUCAAGCAACGAAACAGGCAAUGUUGUACUUUUCGAUUUUCUCAUAUUUUCUGUAAUAAAGAGAGUACA